AUGGCGGGGUUGCGUUUUUUAGACAUUGCAAGACCAUUUGUCAGCUGGAUCCCGGAAGUUGAACUUCCUUAUGAAAACUGGGGGUUCGAUGAAAAGCUGAUUUACUCAUUUUUCACUGCUGCCAUCUAUUUGAUUCUGUCCCUGCCUAUAUACGGUGUCAAAUCCUCUGAAGUCGUGGACCCAGUUCCCCAUUUGCGUUCUGCCUUAGGGAGUGAGAAGGGAACAUUGCUGGAGCUUGGGUUACUGCCUGUGAUUACUUCGGCAUUUAUCUUGCAGUUGUUGGCUGGUUGGAAAGUUUUCAAAGUAAACUUUGAUCUGGUUAGUGACAGAAUAUUGUUCCAAACUUUGCAAAAGAUCACUUCAGUCGUUAUCAGCAUCGUAUAUGCUGUUCUUCUCACAUUUUGUGACUACUUUACUCCAGGUGUGUCCACUGAUAACGUCUUGUGGUCCCAAUUUCUGAUCAUCUUACAGAUAGUGGUGGUCAACUUCUUGGUUACUCUACUCGUUGAAGUCAUUGACAAGGAUUACGGAUUUUCUUCAGGAGCUCUAUUGUUGCUUGCGGUUUAUUCCGCCACCAACUUCGUUUUUGGCACGAUUGGUCUUAGCACCGUCAACACCUCCAGAUCGAACGAAUCUAUUGGUGCUCUGAUUCAAUUAUUCCGCAAUUUGAGCUCUAAACCAAUUGGUGUUGCCAUAUAUGACUCCUUCUUCAGAGUAAACCUUCCUAACUUGACUCAAUUUUAUCUGGGGAUUGCCAUUAUUUGUGUUUGUCUGUUCUUGAAUAAUGCAAGAUACGAAGUACCAAUUAAGCCAAACAAGGUUCGUGCCAUGGCCUCAGCUUACCCAAUCAAGCUACUUUUCAAUGGUUCUUUGCCACUUCUGUACACGUGGACUGUGCUGUACAACUUGAACCUUAUUGGUUUCUUUGUCUUCAAGCUUACCAACUUUUCUCUUUUAGGGAACUUCAAAGUGGACCCAUUCGGCAACAACUACUACGAAAUUACAUCUGGACUGCUGUAUUUAUUGACUCCUACUUUCAACGCUGAAGCUGGACUUUUACCCAAUGUUGCUAAGCCAUUUGUUUUCAUUGCCUUCUAUGUUGGUGUUAGCACUUUCUUUGCUAGAUCGUGGUCCAACAUUAACGGGUCGUCAGGCAAGGACAUUGCCAAGUUUUUCAAGGCUCAAGGAAUCUCAUUGUUAGGAAAAAGAGAUGCCUCUGUGUCUAAAGAGUUUAACACCCUAGUUCCUGUUGCUUCUGCCUCUGGAGCUUUCCUAUUGUCUUUUCCAGUUGCCGUCGCUGAGUUAUUGGGUGGCUCUGGUGUUCCAACCUCUAUCGGAAUCGGUCUUUUGAGUGGUUUGGCUAUUUUGGAAACUGUUUUGCAAGAAUGGCAACAGUCUGGAGGUGCCUCACAGUUCUCCCAAUACUUCCAGACUUCUUAG